AUGACUACAAGCAAGAGUGCCGCUUAUGAUUACCUCAUAAAACUUUUGUUGAUUGGAGAUUCAGGUGUUGGCAAAAGUUGUCUUUUACUUCGCUUUUCCGAUGAUUCUUUCACUCCCUCGUUCAUCACUACCAUUGGCAUCGACUUUAAAAUCAGGACAAUCGAAUUAGACGGUAAACGUAUCAAACUUCAAAUAUGGGAUACGGCAGGUCAAGAACGUUUCCGUACUAUCACGACUGAGCAACAUGCUAGCGAAGGUGUGAAUAAGAUUCUUAUUGGUAAUAAAUGUGAUUGGGUCGAGAAAAAGGUGAUCGACAAAGAACAAGGUCAAAGACUCGCUGAUGAGUUUAACAUUAAAUUUUUGGAGACGAGUGCAAAAGCGAAUAUUAAUGUCGAAGAAGCUUUCUUCACCUUGGCCAGAGAUAUCAAGAAAAGACUCAUUGACACUCAUGCUCAAGAACAACAAAACACUCCAAGUAGGAAAAUUGAUUUGGAAACGAAGAAUAACAAAAACUCUGGUGGCAAUAAUGGUGCUGGCUGCUGUAACUGA